AUGUCAGAACAAACAGCAACCAUUGCUUCCCUUUGUGUUUCCACACUCCAAUCUCUCAUCGUAUUCGCUGCUAAUUUUCACACCAUAGCUGUGUUUUGGAUUCACCGAAACAAACUAAGACGAACUUACUUACUUCUAAUCAAUUUGGCCGUAGCCGAUCUUCUAGUUGGAUUCGCAUACAUGACACCAUAUUUGAAGGCGUUAGCACUUCCUAGUUACAUUAGAAAAUCUAAACUUAAUGUCACGACUUAUGACUAUCUUGUAAUCCAACUUCAAGUUACAUUUUUAAGUACAUCGAUGUUCUUUCUGGUUCUUAUUUCUCUGGAACGUGCAUUUGCUUUAAUUUGGCCGCUUCUUCAUCGAAAAACAAGCACGAAGACGUUCAUCUACGGUGUCGUCGCCGCUUGGUUAGCAGGUGUUUCUUUGGGUUUAUUAACCUGGCUGGUUAGCUACGGAAUCUUUGAGAUUUCUCACUAUACCCUCACAUUUUCAAUCGUAAUCGUCUGAUCACUGGCAACGAUGUGCACAUCAUACCUAGCAAUCCGAAAAAAACUCAAACGCCGUGACCCUACUAUCGAAACAGCACAUGAGCGACAAAUCGUUGUGCAAAACACAAGAAAACUUUCCAAAACUUUGUUCCUUCUGACAGGAGCAUCUGCUGCUUUUUGGGUUCCAAGCCUUGUUUUAUUUUCUUGUCUUAAUUUCGCUCCAGGAAUGUUUCCUGAAUUUGUGAAAUAUGUUUUAACUAUAAUUCAUAUGUGCAAUUCCGUCGCAAAUCCACUGAUUUACAGUCUAAGAAUGCCUAUGUUGAGACAAAGUAUCAGACGAUUUAGACUUGUAAAAAUUCGUAAGCAGCGGAAAAAAUACGUAGUAAAUUGAGGAUAUUAUUAUGGAGCCUAAGAUAACACCACAAACAAAGAUUUGAACGUCUAAUGACGGUACUUUUCAAUGUUUUCCUUUAUUUAGUAUAACAAGAUAUGUGUAAUUAACAUAAACCUAAUUAACUUUUUUUGACAGUUGAGUUCAAAGUUUUAAUAUACUUUUAACAGAGUCAUCUGUGCGCGAUUCUUGUAAACACAUUGUAUGCUUUCAUCAUUCUUAAUUAAAGCCAAGACCUAAUCUAUUACCUUUCUUUUGGUUCAAUUCAUAGCACGGUUAAAUUAAUAAUCCAUCUUCUAUUUAUCAUAGAUAUUACUAGCUGUAGGCCUUAGCAAUCCGUAAACUUUGUAUUUCUUUAAUGAGAGGAUCGCUAUUGGCUUCUGCAAAACGCGGCUCAGCAAUACCCAGUUAACAACUCAGCAGAUAUUCUAGUAGUCUAGAGGGUCUGCAAAACGCUACCUUUUCUCUUUUCUCUCUGUGUUUUGUCUGAUACGAUUAGUAAGGCGAUUUCAAGUGUCGUUUUCAGUGUCUUAUCGCUCUUCAAAUUUACUGCAAAUGCUUUCAUUGCUUUUUCUUUGGGGUGGGGGGUUAUCGCCACAAUGGUUUGGUUGGUUAGAAUCGCUCUAGUUGCACUGAAAUUACUACCGAUUUACGAGAUCUUCGACUUGAAAUAUGACGUUGUCACCUACACUCUGUCCUCAUUGCUCUGUCUUUACUCUUGAUUUGCUUUUCGUAUCUUAAAACUCAUGAAGACCCUUUUCAUUGUAAUAGGUGCAUCUGUGACACUUUGGACCUCAAGCAGGCAUUGUGCAACUGGUCAGUCUUUAGUGCAAGGGCUUGUUCCCCGAUUUUGUGAAUUGCAUUUUUUUCAUGUUUUAUUUAACCAGGUCUCUUAUUAAUCCAAUAAUGUAUAGUUUGAGAAUGCCACUACACUGUAUUUUGCAAGAACCUAAAAAUAAGUUGAAGGUUCCACAGUGGAGAUCGAAAAAUUUGGCAGCGAUAAAGAUUGAAUUAGCGCGCAAUACUUUUAAAAACGGUUCAUUCUGCACUGUUCAAAAAGGGGCCAUUUUAUGGAAGUGUCUCAACACACUGUCCUUUUGUCUUUGUAACCUUCAGCGGAUUAUACAUUCAUAAUUUCAUUAAAAAUUAUGCUCAUGCAGAUUGAUCGACUUACUUAACAGUCCUACAUUUCUUACGCUGUUAGUUAGAAUAUUCGUGAAAUUAAAUACUGCUUCGAAACAAUUGUGUUACAUUCGUUUAGAGGACAAUUCACUGUACCUACAUGGACCUUAAAUCGAUCCAAAAACACAAAUGAAGAGGAAGAAAAACAGUAGAAAUGUAGUAGUGGUUGUGGAACGAAAAACAAUAGAAAUGUGGUGGUGGUGGUGGAAGUGGAGAGAAUGGUAGUGGUGGUGGGAAAAUAAAAGAAAUGUGUUGGGGGACGGGGGUGGUUUAGUGGUGAAGAGAAAACAAUAAAAAUGCCGUGGUGGUGGUGGUAGGGUGGUGGUGUGGUGGUAGUGAUGGAACAAAUACUGCAUUUUUAAAGAGCCCAUCACCUGAAAUUUUUUAUUUUCUCAUCUGAAAUUAUACCUUAUUAAAAUAACUUCUGCGAAAAAAUUUUGCGGUUUGAACAAAACGCGAUUUUUUAACCAAUUUUUGAAGUCUACAUUUUUGCGGUACACCCGCGACGCUGGUCAAGCAAACUAGUAGGCUAAUGUUUUCCUGUCGAUAAAGUCACGUGUUCCUUAAAGUACGUCAUAUAACGUCAUACUCCGAGAGAAGACUAGGACGAAUGGUGUGCCAAAAUGGCAUGAAAUUUGAACGUUUUUAAAAAAUUCUAAAAAAAUCGUCUUUGGUUCAAAUCGCAAAAUUUUUUAGCAGAAGUUAUUUUAAUAAUGUGUAGUUUCAGAUAAGAAAAUAUAAAAUUUUAGGUUAUGGGCACUUUAAGGACAAAACCCAAGUUUAUUUUUUGCUGGCAAUCAUCGAUUUAUUACACUCCUUCAUAAAAAUUAAGUCUAAAUUGCCAAUAAGUGUGACGAGUGCCAAGUGUAAAUUGCUGUUUGUUAUUAAGAUUAGCGUUACAUAAUAUGUAAUGACAUGUGAAUAUUUAAGUAGGCUAUAAAAAUGGUUUCUUGAUUUAUACUACUACAUGAGAAAUUACUGCAAUUUCAUUGGCUUAGAGCAGUGGUAUUUCAGCUUAAUUUGAAAAGCCUACAUGUGAAAAUUACAAACCUUUUUCGGGUAGUAGUAUAAACAAAUAAUUACAUGAUUCCUACGUGAUAUUUAGCAUAAAUACCACUCGUGAUAUUUCAAAAUUGUCUCAAUUUUAAUUACGUCUAACAAUUUCGAAAUAUCACUCGUGGUAUUUAUGCCAAAUAUCACUACAAAUCAUGCCUAUUCAUUACCUAUACUUUUUAAAGUGAGUAUAUUUCCCUCACGUAGCCGUCUCUCACAAGUGUUUCAUGGCGUCAGGAAUCUUCUAGCGAACCUACGUGUUUUCCUUUUUUUUCUCGCGAUGCCGGGAGGCGAAGGCAGGGAAGGGGCCGGUGCAUUGCAGAAUUGGUCGACAGAUACUGUGAGAGGUGCUUUAUUUGCUUUAACACCUCCUCAACCGUUUGAUAUUCAUAAUUCGAACGCAGCAGAAAAGUGGAAGGAGUUUGAGCAAGCUUGGAAGAAUUACUCGAUUGCCAUGAAGUUACACCAGAAACCCAAAGCCGUACAGGUAGCAACAUUGCUUACGUAAUCGGAGCUAAAGCGCGAAAUGUUUUUGCUACGUUUACGGAUUGGGCGACCGACACCGACCAGAUUCAGCCAGUGUUACAAAAGUUUGCAGCGUACUGCCAGCCACUUCAAAAAGUGCCUUUCGAAAGAUACAAGUUUUAUUCUAGAAUGUAAGAAUCGGGAGAGUCUUACGAUCAUUGUCGGACAGCUCUUCGGCAGUUAGCAGAAAGGUGCGAAUUUGAAUCGAUUACCCCGAAUCAGAUUUUACGGGACACGCUCGUGUUUGGAAUUCUAGAUUCAAAGGUUCGUGAGAGGCUUCUUCGUAAAAAUAAUUUGAAUUUUCCUUAGAGAAAACGGACGAGAUUUGUCGCUCCCAUGAGACCAUGGUACAUGUGUCUAGAGAGGCUAAAAGCGGGAGACGUAGGCGCGGUCUUGGCUCGAGAAAUACUGGCGCGCGGGAAAAUAAUGUAGCUGUGCAUUUUGCGGACGUGAGCGUGGUUUAGCGAAGCGUGAGAUUUGUCCGGCUUAUGGACAGAGCUGCAAUAAGUGUGGCAUGAAAAAACAUUUCGCGAACGUGUGUUGUGGACACGCGCCUAAGCCCACGUCUCGCGCCAGAUGAUUCUCAACUGGCAACGCUGAAGUUGGAAUCUGGAUAUUAUCUUUGGUUUCAGCCCGACACAGGAGCUCAGUGCAAUGUUGUCCCUUUUGUACCUGUACAAGAAGGCGACCAAAGAUUUUGA